UGUUGGCAUGUUUUAAACAAGGGGUGUUUUAAACAUGUUUUAAACACUGUUUUAAACACUUGUUUUUUUUACAUGUUUUUUUUUAAUGUUUUUUUCUACUGAAUCAAUUAUGAAUCACUGGUUAUUGAACAACCUUAGCAGGCAUCUUUGUUUUCGGUCUCGCGUUGAAGUGGCUGACAAUUGGCUUGGUUAGUUGGUUCUGAGAGAACGCGGUUAUGUAAACACUCAUUACGCUGGUAGCUAAUUGAAGUGGCUGACAAUUGGCUUGGUUAGUUGGUUCUGAGAGAACGCGGUUAUGUAAACACUCAUUACGCUGGUAGCUAAGUGUGCUAUACUUUAACCGGGCAAUUUUUUCAGAUCGAGACCAUGGCUACUACUGGUAGAAAAAUGGAUGCUAUUUGGGGUGAAUUUGAGAAAAUUGCGGCAAACAAGGCAAAAUGCCGGAGUUGUGGUUACGAGUGUGCUCCUUUAGUGGACAGAUUGAAGAAGCAUUAUUAUAAAGUGCAUCAAUUAUCUGGUACGACGAAUGAAGAAUCUUCUUUGCAGAGCACUCCUGGCCCUUCUACGGCAAAACAGCCACGUAUAUCGGAUUUCGCUGUCAAGACAACUCCGGAGCAAAAAGCCAGGUUCGACAAGGAAGUGGGACGGUUCUUUUUUGCGAACAACGUUGCUUUUAGAGCCGUGGAAUCUAGGCACUUCACUGCCUUGGUUCACAGUUUACAUCCGGGAUACCAGCCACCGUCUAGAAAACAACUCGGCAACGAAAUAUUGAAUUCUGUAUACGAAGAUCAACAGGCCAGCGCAAAGAAACAACUAGCCGGAAAACUCGUUACUAUGUGUAUAGAUGGCUGGACAGACAAUGCAAACGAGCCGAUUGUAUGUUUCUCGGUACAAGCGAACAGCAAAGUCUACUUGGUUGAAACUAUUGAUACUGGAGCCGAGAGCCACACUGGUGAAUAUCUUGCCGAGCUCACGCAAAAUGCAAUUGCUUCUGCAGAAGAUAAGUACGAGUGUGUUAUUGUUGCAAUAACAACUGAUAACGCGGAAAACAUGGUCAAAAUGAAAAAAUUGGUCGCUGAAAAUUUGGAUUCGGUCAUCACAGUGGGCUGCGUUGCACAUCAAUUGAAUUUGCUAGCUAAAGAUCUCAGCCCAAAAGAACUGGUAUCAAGAAUUUCGGCAAUUUCGAAGGCGUUCAAGUACUCCCAUGUACUUCGAGGACUUUUAGCCAGUAAAGACGGAGCAACAAUGGCUGUUAUCCCGAGUGAUGUUCGCUGGAGUUCAACUGUUACCAUGUUUAAAUGGUACCAACGAAACUGGAACCACCUCCGAGAAGUGGCAAACGACAAUCAAGAGAACUUUCGAACAGGGAAGAACAAAGAAGUUCGAAAAUACAUCGUCGACUUAGCCUUGUACAAACAAGUGGAGGACGCUGUAAACGUUUUGACCCCCAUUUCACUCGCCAUUGAUCUGGUUCAGGGAAAUCAAGUGACACUUGCAGAUGCUGUUCACGCGUGGAAAAAAGUCCUUGAAAGUUACCGGAGUCUCGAAGGAGAAGGAAGAGAAUGGUUAGCAGCCGCCGAAACUAGGUACAACAAGAGUGUUACUGCAGUGUUUUUUGUUGCCCAUUCUCUGCACCCGAAGUACCUUGGCAACAAUCUGACGACUUCUGAAUGGAACGAGGCAACAAACUGGGUACGCGAAAACAGAGCUUCCUGCAUGUCGGAGUAUUUACAAUUUAUUGGAGGAACUAAAGAUGUAAUCCAGCAAGUGUACGCUAUUUCUGCGAACUGUGAGCUGGGAAAUUUCUACAAGUCACAGGAAAUUCUCGGAAAUCUGGAAAAAGAACUUGUGGAGUUGGCUGUGACUCUGAUCAGCAUUGCUCCGUCGUCGGCCGGACUGGAGCGGGUAUUCAGUUCAAUGGGUUUUGUGCAUUCUGAUUUGCGCAACAGGCUAGCACCGGAAAAGGUCGGAAAACUAGCCUUCUGCUUGCGAGUUUUAAACGAAAAAUUUUGAUAAGAAUUUUCGAAUAAAUUUUUCGUACUCCAGUUUUUAACACUUGAGAUGUCGUGGGAGCAAUUAUACGUUGAUCUGGGAAAAAAGGUGUUUUAAACAUGUUUAAAACGUUU